UUCAGUCUCCGUCUCCUCUUCACCAUGUUCAGUCGUCUCCUCUCCUCUCUUCCUCCCUUCAUCCACUAUCUCUCCCUCCCUCCCUCCUUCUCUCCAUACUUCCUCCUCCUCGUCCUCUUCGUCGUUGCGGCCGUCGUCGUUGUCUUCCUGAUCUUGUCCUGUCCUCGUCCGGCCCGGGGCUCCGUCCCCUGCCUGCCGAGGAUCCCCGUCCUGGGCAGCCUCCCGUGGCUGGGAGGAGGACUCCCUCCACACCUCCUCUUCAGCCAGCUGGCACACAGGUACGGGUCUCUGUUUGCUCUCUACCUGGGUCCUCACUACACUCUGGUGGUGAACAGCCAUCAACAUGCCAGAGAGGUUCUGCUGCAGAGAGGACGAGACUUCGCUGGACGACCGAGUAUGGUGACCACCGACCUGUUGACCCGAGGAGGUAAAGACAUCGCCUUCUCCGACUACACUCCUCUCUGGAAGUUACACCGCCGCCUCGUCCACAACUCCUUCACUCUGUUUGGAGAAGGAAGCGGCCGGCUGCAGGACAUCGUUCUGUCCUCCGUGGACAGUCUCUGUGGCGAGUUGUUGUCCAGCGGGCGGCGUGGCUUCGACCCGUCUCCCGCGGUGACCGGGGCCGUCACCAAUGUCGUGUGCACGCUGGUGUUCGGUGCCACCUAUCGCCACGGCGACGCCGAACUGCAGGACGUGAUCCGAUACAACGACGGCAUCGUGCAGACGAUCGCCAGAGGAGGACUGGUGGACAUUUACCCCUGGAUGAAGGUCUUUCCUAACAAGUGUCUCAGUAAACUGAAGGACUGCAUCACCGUGAGAGACCGACUGCUGUCCCGUAAACUGGAGGAGCACAAGGCGUCGCUGAGCGACGGCGACCCCCGUGACCUUCUGGACGCCUUGCUGAAGGGCAAGACGGACAGCAGGCCGGGUCAAAGGUCACCUGGGUCGGAGGAGGAGAGGAUAACCGACGACCACGUCCUGAUGACGGCGGCUGAGGCCUUCGGAGCCGGCGUGGAGACGACGUCCACCACGCUGCUGUGGAUCCUGGCCUACCUGCUGCACCACCCGGAGGUACGCAUGAUGUCAUCAUGUGGUCGGUGGAUGGUUAUCGGUUAUAAAUGGCGUGCUCGGUGUGCCCCCCCUCUCCAGGUCCAGGAGCGCGUGCAGAAGGAGCUGGACGAGCACGUGGGCAGCGAUCGGGCGGUCUGCGUGUCGGACCGCGGCCGGCUGCCGUAUCUGGACUGCGUCAUCAACGAGGGCAUGAGGAUCCGACCGGUGAGCCCGGUGCUGAUCCCGCACACCGCCAUGACGGACAGCAGUAUCGGAGGUCACUCUGUCAGUCGUGGGACUCGCGUGUUGGUCAACAUGUGGUCGAUUCACCACGACCCCCGACACUGGGACAACCCCGACCUGUUCAACCCAGAUCGUUUCCUUGACGACCGGGGCCAGCGGGUCACGCCCUCCUGCUUCCUGCCGUUCGGGGCGGGACCUCGAGUCUGCGUCGGCGAAUCGUUGGCCAGGCUGGAGCUCUUCCUCUUCCUGUCCUCUCUGCUGCAGCGAAUGAGCUUCACGCUGCCGGACGGGGCUCCCCCGCCCAACCUGCAGGGGCGGCUGGGCGUGGUCCUGCAGCCGCUACCUUAUAAGGUCGUUGUCACGCCGAGGGCGGGGUGGGAGGGCGGGGCUAAAUGAAAGGGGGAGGGGCUGAUACUUUUGUUACUAAGCUAAAAUGUUACUCAGGUAAAAAAUGAACUGAAAGAAAGGUAACACUUUAUAAUAACCUUCCCUUAUAAUAGUUAAUUAAACUGUUUUACUGUUAAUAAACAAUGAAAUGAUCAUUA